CAUAACUGAGAAAGAAUUCCCGCGCCAAUAAUUUUUCACGCAGUGGUGCUUGAUGGUAGCCGGGAUAUUUUGAGUUUUGCUCGUAAAAGUAGAUUAACGCGACGUUAUUUAUCCUGCAGACAAAUCUAACUGGCAAUCAAUAAUCGGAAAGCUCUGAAUUCUGUGCGUGUGCAAUUUUACACGUUGAUAGAAAUAUAUACACGAGAGAUGAGUGAUAUCACGGAUUUACUCGAUCUGUUGCCGGUUUAUUAUUCGAGAUUAUUUCCAUUCGCCGACUAUCACAGGUGGCUGAGCUAUGGAAAUGCGAGCUAUUUCAGCAAGAGGGAAUUUUCGUUCACGCUCUCGGACGAUCUCUACAUACGUUACCAGUCGUUCAGCGAUCAGAAGGGACUGUCGGAUGAGAUCAAAAGACUGCUACCGCACAAAAUAGAUAUAGGAGCGGUUUACAGUGCCCAACCGAAAGAUCAGAAGAGAGGUGCCAAUUUUCAGCCGGUCGAAAGAGAAUUGGUCUUCGACAUUGACAUGACUGAUUACGACGAAGUAAGGACAUGCUGCAAAGGGGCUGAUAUCUGCGGCAAAUGUUGGAAGUUCAUGUCGCUCGCCUGCAAAAUAUUGGACAGUGCUUUGAGAUUGGAUUUCGGCUACGUGCACAUCCUGUGGGUAUUUUCCGGCAGAAGAGGGAUUCACUGCUGGGUGUGCGACUCUGCAGCGCGCAAUCUGUCGGGGCAAGUUCGCGCAGCAGUCGCUGAAUACUUGCAGAUUAUAGGCGGAGGUGAAUUCAUGAAAAAGAAGGUGUAUCUCACCGGCGACAAGAUCCACCAUUCUAUCAAACGCGCACUCGACAUAAUCGAUCCUGUCUUCAUUGAGAUGUGCGUCAAAGAACAGAAUAUGUUGGGUACGGAGGAGGCGAUCGAAAGGUUCCUCCCGAUAUUGCCCAACGACGAGGACAAGCAGGAGAUGAAGGUGUUGUUCGGUAAGGAGAGCACCAGUGAGGCAAGGUGGAACGUUUUCGUGCAAUAUGUCGAGUCGAAACGAACAGGGGGGGAGCGGAAGUGGUAUUUAUACCGUCACCUGGUGGAGGAGGUGAAACUGCAGUAUUCGUAUCCGAGGCUGGACAUCAACGUGAGCAAAGGUUUAAAUCACCUGCUGAAAUCGCCUUUCUGCGUACACCCGAAAACCGGCAAGAUCUGCAUACCGUUCAAUGCUAGCGCGGUUGACAAGUUCGAUCCCGACAAGGUGCCCACCAUAAUGACGCUGAUAGAGGAGAUCAACGUGUACGACGUGAAGGACAAGGCCGAGGAGGAGACUUACGAUCUGAAUAAGAAGCGCAUCAAGGAUUACAAGAAGACGAGCUUGAACAAGUCACUCCACGUGUUUCAGGAAUUCCUGCGACAUUUAGAGGCCGAGCGGCGCGAGCAGAGGUUGAAAGGGAAACUUACAGCCGACAGCAUGGAAUUUUGACGGAUCUUCCCAACGACAUUGAAAUGCGAUACAUCACGUGAUAUACAGGUUCGAUAUAAUAAUAUUAUUUAUAAUACACUUUUUUAUCUUUUUACGAUAUAUUUUCGUUAGAAUAAAAGAGAAAGAAAAAAAAGAGGAAGAAAAAUGUCUACACCGUCAACUAUUCCGGAUUCCCACGUUUCUUUUCGUAC